AUGGCUGAAGUACUGGCUGUUUUCGCCGCGAUCCAAGCUACCACACAACUUGUGGAGCAAGCCUUCCGAAUCUUCGAUCGCCUACGCAGGGCAAACGCUCGUCAGAAAGCUCUUGCUGAAGUCUUGGCUCGACACCGUAGCGAGCUCGAGAGUAUCAAGACGAUCAUCGGUAUAAUAGACGAUGAAGAGGACCUGCAAAUCCCUACUGUUGCUACCGAGCUCGUCCGACUUCAAGCUGUGCAGAACAAGUUGGCCGAAUUGCUUGAGACGCUCGACCCCAAGACGACAAGCAAGGUCAACCAAUUAGCGCGUCAGCUGGUCCAUGGCUCAGCGGAUGAGAAGAAGCUUGGUUCCAUCAUGGAUGAGCUGGUCCAAGUCAAGACCCUGCUUAUUUUGCGCAUCCAGGUCGCCCACAUCGGAGUAAUACGUACUAUUGGAAAGGAGGCCGUAGUCAAUGCGGAAGUUAUAAAGCGAAUAGACGCUUUCUUGAGGGAGCAUAUUCCCAACUGCGAGGGGUUGCGAAUUGCACGAUUGUUGAAGGGCCGAAGUCCAUCAAGUAAGUUCUGCGCCGCCGUAACCUGUCCACUUCAACUGACAGUCGUAGAUGAUGGCACGAUGCCAUUGACUCUUGCAGAUCUCAGAGCUCUUGACAAGGAGAUCAAUGGCGAUGGCGAAGAUAGCGGAGACGAGACGCUCGUUGAUGAUUCCGAAAUAUCACCUCGCGAGUUGCCGGUCAAGACCGAGCGCAUCAUCACGCGAAACACAGCGCGGAACCAGGCUCUGCAAGUGAAUGCUGCUCUCGAACAGGAUAUGUGGAAAGACAUAAGUCGUCUCAAGAUCCAGGACAACGUAGCUGAAGACCAGAGUUGCCAGGUCAACUACCCUAUAUCGCGGGACAUAUUCUCGAUGAUGCUCGACCGGCAAAGUAAGAUCGCAGUACCAUCGCGACAGAGACCAGUAAGCACGCGUUAA